UCAGGGGGCGGGACAGGAAUCAACUCGACAAAAUGGCGACCGUUGUUGUUUUGCCGCAGGGUCAGUGAACAACACCAAUUUGUUUCGCCAAAAUCCUACGGUUGCACGCAGAAUUGUCGCAACCAAAAGCCCCAGGCGCCACAGGGUCGACCGCGUGCGGACCGAAAUGAAAGGUAAAGAGCGGUCGCCGCUGAAAAAACGCUCGCGGGCCUUGGACGACAUUCGCGAUCGGGGAGGAUGCCACCCGAGCAGCAAGAAAAUGGGCGCGCUGUCCCUGUCCAGCGGGAGUAAUAAUAAUGGUAACAGCUCGGCCAAGAGUGACGGCGGCUCGACGAGGAGGAGCCUGCUCGGCGAUAAACGGGACCGGGACUUUGACGGACACGGUCGGCUCGGUAACAAUCACAGCUGUCCACCCAGCGUCAUCGGCUCCGUGAGCAAGAACCACGGCAGCCUGAGCCUCUCGUUGGAUUUGGCCGCGGCGAGGAGCACGUCGCGCGGGGACCAGCGGCUGCCUGCUCUCAGCGCCGAGGGUGAGUACAAAACCCUGAAAAUCAGCGACCUGGGCAGCCAGCUAAGCGACGAGGACGUCGAGGACGGGCUUUUCCACGAGUUCAAAAAAUUCGGUGACGUGAGCGUCAAGCUGAGCCGCAGCAACGACGAGCGGAUCGCUUUCGUCAACUUUCGGAAGCCGGAGGACGCCCGGGCGGCCAAGCACGCCAGGGGCCGGCUGGUGCUUUACGACAGGCCGCUGAAAAUCGAGGCGGUGUACAUUAACCGCAGGAGGAGCCGCUCGCCGAUCGAGAGAGACCUCUAUGGCGCUGUGCCGAGCCACAGACACUUGCAGAGGCCCCUGUCACCCACAGGCCUGGGAUACAGAGACUAUCGUCUGCAGCAGCUGGCCUUGGGUCGGCUGGCCCCGCCACCGCCGCCGCCCCUUCCACGCGAGUUGGAGCGGGACCGGGAGUUCGCCCUGUUCGAGGCCCGGGCCCGGCCGGCUUUCAUCGCCGAGCGGGCCGCCUUCCGCGAGGAGGAUUUUAUAUCGCCAGAGGAUGACCAAAGAGCCAAUCGUACCUUGUUUCUGGGCAACCUGGACACCGAGAUUACCGAAGCUGACUUGAGAAGAGCUUUUGACAGGUUUGGCGUCAUCACCGAGGUGGACAUCAAGAGGCCCAUGCGGGACCAGACCAGCACGUAUGGCUUUUUGAAAUUUGAGAACCUGGACAUGGCUCAUCGUGCUAAGCUCAGCAUGUCUGGCAAAAUAGUGGGUUGCAACCCCAUAAAGAUAGGCUAUGGAAAAGCCACACCCACCACACGUCUGUGGGUGGGGGGUCUUGGACACUGGGUGCCCUUGGCCGCCCUUGCCAGAGAAUUUGAUCGCUUUGGCACCAUCAGGACUAUAGACUACAGAAAGGGGGACACCUGGGCCUAUAUUCAGUACGAAAGUCUGGACGCAGCGCAGGCGGCCUGCACGCACAUGCGGGGCUUCCCUCUUGGGGGCCCCGAGAGGAGACUCCGAGUGGACUUUGCUGACACGGAGCAUCGUUACCAGCAGCAGUUCUUGCAACCUCUCCCGAUCGCCCCCUUUGACAUGGUGGCCGAGUCGUUUGUUCACCGUGGUGCGCCAGAGCCUCUGAGGGUUCGAGAACGGACUCCCCCGCCACUUCAUUUCAGAGACAGGGAGCUCUUCUCUGGCGCCGAGUGGCCUAAUCCUUCGGCUCUCCGCGAGCGGGUGCGGGCCGCCCCCUUUGAGCCCCUUGAGCACUUGCAACGUGAGCGGAGGGCCCGUGAGCCUUGGUCUUUGGAGCGGGAGCUGCAGGGGCGAGAGCUGCACGGGCGAGAACUACACGGGCGAGAGCCUGCACGCAAGCGGCGCCUAAUGGAGGACGGGCGCCACCUCGACCGCUCGCCCGACAGCUCUGACAGGACACUAAGGCGCCGACGCCCCUCUCCGGACGGCAGCCCAGGAGGCAGCAGCAGAGACGGGGGAAGAUUCAGCGAUUCAGAGCGCCCCUCGCGAGCCGACAGACUUUCUCCCGCAAGAGAGCGCCAUGGCAGCCUGGAGCGAGGCGGAACAGAGCGGAGACUCAAAGGCCUGUCUGACAAGGGUCUGUCAACCUGUGCCAUUUCACUGGUUGGAGAGCGUAAACGUAAAUCUGGCGACGGCGGUAAAGGGCUGGUAAAGAGAGAACGCUCCGAGGGUUCCUCCAGAAGCGCCUCCAAAUUGGACGGCACCAAGCUGACUCUGGCCUGGCAGGGAAUGCUUCUGCUGAAAAACAGCAACUUCCCGGCCAACAUGCACCUGCUGCAGGGAGACCACAGCGUCGCCAGCGAGCUGCUCGCCGACGGGACCACUGGCAAGCAGGUCUGCGAGCUCAAGAUCACCCAACGCCUCCGCCUGGACCAGCCCAAGCUCGACGAGGUUUCCCGGCGCAUCAAGGCGGCCGGCCCCGGGGGCUACGCCGUACUUCUAGCCGUUCCAGGGGCUGCAGAGGAUUCGUCAUCCGACCCGGCUGUCUCCACCCAGCGGCCGCUCCGCAACCUGGUGUCCUACCUCAACCAAAAGCAGGCGGCGGGCGUCAUUGGCUUGCCUGUGGGCGGGAGUCGUGAUAAGGACACCACGGGGGUCCUCCAUGCUUUCCCUCCCUGUGAUUUCUCCCAGCAGUUUCUGGAUUCCUCUGCCAAAGCUCUGGCCAAAAGUGAGGAGGACUAUCUGGUCAUGAUUGUGGUGCGAGGUGCAUCUUAAAACAAACAGCUAAUGAGUCAGAAAGUGUUUAAAAAAAAAAAAAAAAAAAAGAAAAGGGAAAAAAACGACAAGUUCUGUAUACCAGUAACCUUUGCAUGCCGUGUUUUGCAUUUUGGGCUACACUAGUAUGGUUCUUGGAUGUUGUAUGUUGCCAUGUUCUCCACUAAAACCACAGGCGGGUCCUUUCCCCGUUGCAAACAAAACGGGCGUUUGUUUUUUGGAAAUUUGCAGAGGUUACAUAUUCCUAGACAACCAUUUGGAUUACUUUAAAAACAAUCAUUACACUUUAUGUUUCCGAGGAGAAGAAGCAAAAAUGGAGCCAUAUAGGAAGUGGACACAAUAACAUCUCUAUAACAAGUGUCAUAUGUAGUAGACAACGAGGUAAACCAUUCCCAAUGAACCAAGUGUUAAGUGGACACAUGUUUAAGUGUUCCUGACCUGCACAUGUUAUUGUGUCUGCUGCUCCACAUGCAAAGGGGAAAUUUUAGUACACUGAUGAAGAAUGGCUGAAUGUAAAAGUAUGCACAUACUUUACGAAGACAGAAAUUUGCUCAAAUAAUACAAGUCAUUCAUGUCAUGUUGCUUUCCCUCCAGUGCCACCCCCCUCUUUUUUUUUUUUUCUUUUUUUUUUUUUUUUUAAAUCCAAGCAUUAUCAAAUUGUGUAAUGACACACAGGAUGGCUGGUGGCAACACUGGGGCGAGUUGUGACAUGUUUGAGCUUCCGGUGCUUUUGGGUCAACUUUUUUCAUAUUCAGUUGUUGACAAACAUUCUUUUGUGUGCACUCUCAAUGUUAGACCACAGCCAGGCCAGGAGGCCACAAGCCGUUUGAGCACUUGUUUAUGGAAGUCUGCUUUUACCAAGAUGAUGACACGAGUUCUCGGUUUUAUAACAGACAAGGAGUGGAAUUACUCUAUACUUAACAGAUUUUCUUUCUGUUUGUAUAUGUUUAAGUAAAAAUAUGUUUGGGUCUGUUUUAGUAUUUCUAGAUACUAAUAUCUUAAGUUGCAAAUUCCAAAUACAAAUAUUGUAAUUCAGAGCAUCUAUUUGAAGAAAAUGAAAAAUAGUUAAAUAAAGGGAGCUUUAUUUUUGAUCUGUUUUCCAAAACUAGAUGUAAAAAUAUUGUGAUUUCAAUACUGAGCCCUCCAAAUAUUUAUAUUCAGUGAAAGGUUAACAUCAGUCCAUCUUCCUUAAUCCUCCUGGUACACGAGAUGUUCAGGAACGGCAAUACUAUUCCUGGCUCAACUUCAAAAGCAAGCACUUAUUAUUUUGAUUGUCUUGGUAAAGGCAGACAAGCUCUUGUGAGAGCUGUGAUUGGUGUUAUUUGUGCUCUUACAAUAACAAAUAGUAACUUGUUUUCACUCCAUGCUUUAGUUUGUCAUUUAUGUUUUGUUUAUUAGAACUGGCUGCGAAAAUUCAAGGGGCAAGGGGGGCAGAAUAGGUAUAAAAAAAAAAAAUAAAAAAAAGUGUUUUGUGUUAACAUUUUGACUGAAACCACAGAAGGGUCCUUAAAACAAUUACUACGUUCAGUAAGUCGGGCCGUGGCAUUUUAUUUAAUCAUUUCAGUAUUGACAGAAAUCCAUAAUUUGACACUGAUGCCUACAUACUGAACCGGUUUGUACAGUGAAUUACAAAAGUCUACACACCCAUGUUCAAAUGCCAGGUUUUGUCUUGUAGCAAACAGGACAAAAAUUAAUCUUUUAAAAAAAAUUGCACCCAUACACACACACACACACACGUGGCAUUUCAACAGGGGUGUGUAGACUUUUUCUUCUCUACCCACUGUAUGUGUGGAAUCAUCACUGCUCUGAAAUGUAAUGACGCACGAGGACUCCACGACGACGACCACAACGCCGCAUUCAGAGUGGUCUCACCCUCCCACAGCUCUGCGCUGUGUGAUGACUUCAGUGUAACGUUUGUACGUGCCCAUGUCACGGGGGGGGAAGAAGGAGAGCGAGCUGUUGACGUGGCCGCCCCCCAAAAAAGUGCAUCAAUAAAUUGUUCAUUUGAAGGAGAAA